AUGAGAGGGCCGUCGCAAUCCACUUCGUCCCUUAACUUCCACUGUUCACCCCUCUACGGAAGAUCCUUUAAAAUUCCCUUCACCUUCUCGCUUUCCUUUAUCUUAAUCCUGUUUCCAUUAAUUAACACACAAAUGCACGCAAACAAUUUAACGUUUCAAAAUCAAUUAAACACUAUAUAUAAUAAUUCAUUAAAACAUUUCAACUUUAAUUACGCCAAUGCAUCAAGUAAUAUUGAUGAUAAUACAACAAUAGUAUUUAGUGAAAAAUAUCAAACACUAUUAGAUAGGUUCAGAAGAAAAAAAGUAACAAAUACAAAUUUAACACCUCAUAAUGAAAGCAAUAAUUUGGAAACGUCAACAAAAGUUAAUAGGAAAGGUGUAAUUAAUAACACAACUUUAAAAAAUGAUAAUGAAGUUUUAGAAUUUCAAUUAUUAAAUAAUACUGUAGAUAUAGAAGCUAACAGAACGUAUAGAGAAAUAGAAACAAAACCAAGAAAAAUAGAUGGCAACUCAAUGGAAAAACUAAGAGUGGACGAUGCAACUAGAACUAAAAUAUUUCAUGACUUUUUCACUACUGUACACAAAAAUGUUAAAUCUAAAUCUGAAGUGCAUGAUAAUGAUCAAUCUGUAGAUUUAAUAAGAUUCAAUGAAAGUAUAGUAGAAGAUUAUUUAAUUGGAAGUAAUAUAGAAAAUACGUCAAAUCAAGAUAUAGUGACAAGAUUCUUGAACGAGUCAUUAGGAUAUCCUAUUGAUGACCUCUUUUCCUCUCAUAUUCCUGCAACUGCAACAUUGCAAACACCACGAGCAAGCUUUUUCGAUGAUCUCCCAAAAUCGACAUCAAAUCGCAUAGUUUCUAUACUGGGAUUAUUCGAGCUGUCGGUAGGCGAUGCUCCCCGAGCAGAUGGUGCAUCCGAGCUGGCGGCAGCUAGGCUUGCAGUGGCACACGUCAACGACAGAGCUCUUCUACCUGGCUACAAGAUGCACCUAAUCACCAAUGAUACUAAGUGCGACCCUGGUGUGGGUGUAGACCGAUUCUUCCAUGCUCUCUACACUGAGAGGGACUCCCGGAUGGUCAUGCUGUUGGGUACUGCGUGCUCCGAGGUCACAGAGAGCAUCGCAAAGAUCGUGCCCUACUGGAAUAUCGUUCAGGUGUCAUUCGGGUCUACUUCACCAGCCCUCAGCGACCGUUCUGAAUUCCCACUGUUCUGUCGCACAGUCGCACCAGACUCCUCUCAUAACCCGGCAAGAAUCGCAUUUAUCAGGCAAUUCGGCUGGGACACAGUGACAGCUUUCUCGCAGAACGAAGAAGUUUACUCAUUGGCUGUUAAUGAGCUGGUGACACAACUGGAAGCUGCCAACAUCACCUGCGCAGCAUCCAUAACAUUCGCCGAGUCAGACUUCAAGGAGCAACUACAGCAGCUAAAGGCACUGGAUACCCGCAUCAUUAUAGGCAGUUUUUCGCAGGAAAUGAUUCCGAAGAUCUUCUGCGAGGCAUUCAAGCUAGGCAUGUUCGGAGCGGAGUACGCGUGGGUUGUAGCUGGCGCCCCGCCCCGAGUACGCGGUGCGGCUCCGUGCGCGCGCGCACAGUUAGCCCGCGCUCUCGAGGGGCUGGUCACCGUGACCGCCCACAGAGGGCUCGUCGGCGACCUCGUCUCGUAUUCCGGACUGACAAAUGAGAUGUUCUAUCGAGAAAUGGAAAGCGCCGGCGUUCCAGUAUCGCCCUACGCUCCGCAGACUUACGAUGCCGUUUGGGCAAUAGCCCUGGCAAUGAGCAAAGCUGAGAAUCUCUGGCGAAAAUUAGAAAUGACCGACAAUAAUGGAACAUUACACAAGGGCGGUUGGAAACUCGGAUUGGGCCACUUCGAUUAUGACAGAAAGGAUAUGGCCGAAGAAUUCUUGAACCAACUAGCCAACCUUAGCUUUCUGGGUGUUUCGGGUCCAGUUUCAUUCAACGGAGCCGACAGAAUAGGAACGUCUGCAUUUUAUCAAAUACAAGGUGGACGACCAAAAACAGUAGCUCUGUAUAUCCAUGGUAGGGAACUGAGGUGUAAAGACUGUGCGAGACCACAAUGGGCUGGUGGUAUACCAGCCGCGAGGAGAGUCCUGGUACUCAGGGUAGACUCCGUGUGGGCGCCGGCGAGACUCGCCGUGGCGGCCUUGGCUGCUGCUGGUGUAGCUCUCGCUUUAGCGUUCUUAGUGUUCAAUUUGCAUUAUAGUAAGCGAAGAUCCAUAAAAUUGUCAUCACCACGGCUCAACAACAUGACCCUUAUUGGCUGUGUGUUAGUGUACACCGCAGUGGCCUUGCUGGGACUCGAUAAUGCCACGCUGCCUUCUUACGUACCCUUCUCCGCUAUGUGUACCGGUAGAGUCUACAUCCUAUCGGCUGGUUUCUCCCUAGCGUUUGGCUCGAUGUUCGCCAAAACCUAUCGAGUUCAUCGUAUAUUUAUAAGUAACCGCAGUGGAGUUUGCAAGACGAAGCUCCUGCAGGACACACAACUAAUUUCCUUAGUCUGUGCAUUACUGGUGAUCGACGGCUUAAUAGUAACCUUGUGGGUUAUGCUUGACCCAAUGGAACGACACCUUAAGAACCUAACUAUAGAGAUCAGCGCCACAGAUCGAAGUGUUGUUUAUCAACCGCAGAUAGAAGUUUGCAAAUCUCAGAACACUACCGGAUGGCUAUGCGCUCUCUACGCUUAUAAGGGAUUGCUCCUAAUCGUCGGUGUGUACAUGGCUUGGGAGACCAGGAAUGUGAAGAUAUCAGCUCUCAACGACUCCAAAUACAUCGGGAUCAGCGUUUAUUCCGUCGUCAUUACAAGUACUAGUGUGGUCGUGAUUGGGACAAUAAUUUCUGAAAGGGCUACACUAGCGUACAUCACGAUUACCAGUCUCAUUCUUAUUACAACAACAUCGACACUGUGCUUGCUAUUUUUGCCAAAAAUUGUGGCUAUUAUGAGAAAUGUGGAAGAAGAUCCUGUCAUCCAAAGCAUGGGACUCAGACUAGAAUGUAAAACUAGAAGAUUUGUCACGGACGAGACCCAAGAACUGCAUUUUAGAAUAGAAAUACAAAAUAAAGUGUACAAAAGAGAAGUAGCAGCACUAGACAAGGAGAUUGGAAGACUGGAGAAGUUGCUAGCGGAGCCACUGGAGUCUGCUAGUAGUUCCAACGUGUCCAUUUCUUUACAUAAACGAACUGAACUAAAUACUGUAGAAGAAGAAGGCCGAACUCGAUCAGACUCUGAUAGACGUACUCCCAGCAUUAGCGGCGGCCUACCAAUGCUCCUGCUUUCUGUACUCCCACCAGUCAUACCUAGAGCGAGUUGGCCUUCAGCAGAAGCCUGCAGAGGUCGAAACUCAGUCAGCUUCAGUUCCCAACCCAAACUCUUCCAUAGAAAAUCACAACCAGCUAUAGAUUUGUACAGUCUGUGUUUAAAUAAGCGAGAAGAAAAUCCUGGUCUCCUAAGUAGACUAAAAAGCUUUUUCGGAAGCAGACCAUCUAGUAGGAAAGCAUCAACGAUGUCUAUAGCAGAUCCUACUGGACAAAGUAUAGCAGCUGCUUUGAAGAUGCACGUAGGAAUGAUUGCAGGUCUAGUGCCAGGAAACAGGAAACAUUCAAUGGUGUUAUCGUGCAACACAUUACAUGUACCACAUCCAGAAAUAAGAUUACGAAGAGAGUCAUACGCUAAAAGUGGACCGAUCAUACGAGUGACUGAUGACGAACCGUCCUGUUCCUAUCAAUCAGAAAGGAGUAUAUCAUCAGGUGCACAAAAGUACAUCGCUGAACCUGAGACUAAAGUCAAUUUUGUACUUCCAAGUACCCAUAAUAAAUCAAUGUCCCAUCAAAAUUCUAGUGAGAGGAUCAAAGGUUCGCCGAGGUUUCCUCAUAGGAUAUCACCAACUGCUCUCAGCUUAACAACCUUAGAUAAUAGACGGAAGACAAGCGCGGAUAGUGUGUUCAGUAUAGCAGGGAAAGUGUAUGAUGAACAGAGAAGAUAUAGUCAUCAGAACGUUAGUGAUCAAGAGUCUAAAACUAAAGCAAUUUUAGAAAACAGGUGGAAGUCCACGGAAGACGCCAGGCCUGGACCUUCGUCAAGUAACUGAAACAACUAAAUUGUAGCUCAAUGUUAGCAAUUUAAUAAUAAAAAAAAAUAUAGCUAAUAAUAACGUUGUCCUGUCCGGAAAGGCAUCACCUACUGUUCAAUUGUUUUUCAACCAUCCAAGAACCCCUUAAAAUAUAAACUGAAAAAUUUAUAUAAAUCUGACCAGCAUA